ACAAAGACUCAAACACAUAAAUCCUUUCUUGUAUCCUCAUUUAUUGUGCAGCGACACCUGGCAGUGAGUCGCGUUAUUGCACCUUUCUUCACGUGACAGUUGACAAAGUCACAUGACCGGGCAAAAGUCAUGUUUGUUGGCCAAAACAAAGUGGCCGGUAUGGAAGAGUGGACCAAGUUAAGGUGAUGGUCGAGUGUAGAUGUUUGAACUGACCCGCAGGACAUGUCAGAGUCUGUAUCAGGAUCCUCUGAGAUAAAAUGGCGUUGUCAUCAUGUUUACUUGUGGCUCUCGGUUUCCUCACAGCGGAAGUGACUCUUUCUGCAGAAAGCACUGGAUGUGUUGCCAGAAACUUUGGUCAUGGCUCUGUGGUGUGUGAGUGUAAUUCAACCUACUGUGACAGUGUUGGCUCAGUCACUUUGCCUCCUUUGGGCCAGUAUUCCUCAUACCUGACCAGUAUGGCCGGUAGCAGACUUGAAGCAGGUCAGGGUCGGGUCCAGGUGAACAGCACCGGGGCAGCCCUCAGGUUGACCAUCGUUCCCUACCAGAAGUACCAGAAGAUCAGGGGAUUUGGUGGAGCUAUGACAGACGCAGCAGCGAUUAACAUCCUGUCUCUUUCUGCCGGUGCACAGGACCAGCUGCUACGACAGUACUUUUCCCCUGAAGGUAUCAGCUACAGUGUGGUGCGUGUGCCGAUGGCCAGCUGUGACUUCUCCACCCGUACGUACACAUACGCUGACACACCUGGAGACUACAAUCUGGAUCAUUUCAAUCUGGCCCCUGAGGACAUCAAAAUGAAGAUCCCUCUCCUGCAGCGUGCUCAGGCCUUGUCUCCUCGCCCCCUGUCUCUGCUGGCCAGUGCAUGGAGCGCCCCCGCUUGGAUGAAAACUAACGAUGCACUUAUUGGAAAGGGCUCCCUGAAGGGCAAACCUGGGGGCAAGGUGCACAAGACCUGGGCUCACUAUUAUAUCAGGUUCCUUGAGGAAUAUGCUAAAUAUAACUUGACCUUCUGGGCCCUGACCACAGGGAAUGAGCCCUCUGCAGGACGAAUGACAAACUACAGUUUCCAGGCUCUGGGCUUCACUCCUGAGGAGCAGAGGGACUGGGUGGCUCUGGACCUGGGCCCUGCCCUGCACGCUUCAUCACGCCCACAUACACACAUACUCAUACUGGAUGACAACCGCCUGCUGCUGCCCUACUGGGCUAAAGUGGUCCUCAGUGAUAUUCAUGCAGGAAGGUACAUUCAUGGUGUGGCAGUUCACUGGUACUUUGACCACAUUGUCCCAGCUGAGAUAAGCCUGGGAACAACCCAUCAUCUCUACCCAGAGUAUUACCUGUUUGGUACAGAGGCCUGCUCUGGCUUUCUCCCAACAGACAGAGGGGUAAAACUCGGUAGCUGGGACAGGGCAGAACACUACGCACAUGAUAUUCUAGAGGACUUAAAUCAUUAUGUGGUGGGUUGGACUGACUGGAACCUGGCGUUGGACCAGACUGGUGGACCAAACUGGGUUAAAAACUUCGUGGACAGCCCUGUAGUUGUCGAUGCACACCGUGACGUCUUCUACAAGCAGCCAACCUUCUAUAGCAUGGCCCACUUCAGUAAGUUCCUGUGGGAGGGGUCUCAGAGAGUGGGUGUGUCCGCCAGUCGUGAAACAGACCUGGAAUACUCUGCCUUCAUCAGACCCGAUGGCUCAGUGGUUCUCAUCUUACUCAACAGGUCAUCAUCAGUGGUCCAGUUUGAAGUGUGGGAUCCCACCGUGGGCUACAUCUCCUCCACUGCUCCAGCUCAUUCAUUGCUCACACUCGCUUGGAACACACAGUGAUCAUUUCUAAAAGUCCAUAUACAAUUUUUUCACCUGAACCACAUAACAAACAUUUCUAUGCACAUUUCAAAAUGCUGCAAAAAGGAAGAGUUUCAGGUUUGAUCCUUCAUCACCAAAGCAGUUACUACUCUGAGCACUUUGUAUCGCAUGCACAUCCUUCCGUUAACUAGUGCAACGUUGUUUUCAAGACGUGCUUAAUGAUGUCAGUGAUCACUUAUAUUAACUUCAGCAAAUAUCAAAUAACUUGACUGAUUUGAUUUUCAUUCAAAGUCUUAAAAUUCUUUUUUUCAUCUGUGCUGAAUUGUAACCGGUGCUUUGAUUCACAACUAAAGAUGCUUUAAGUGACCUCACAACGUCACACCUUGGAGAAAUCAUAAAUAAUGUACAUAACGUGUAAAUUCUGCUGUUACGAUUUAAUCUUUUGAUUUUAAAUAAAGCACUUGUUUUAAAUUAU